AUUUCUUAUAUAAGUUCGAGUGCAUGUUCGACCAGUUUGUAAACAUCAAAGUAUCAAACGCAGUUUACAGUGAAGGUCUGUUUUUGCAAAUUCUGUGUUUACCUGAAUCGAUAUAGUCGAGGAGCAAAUGGGUUCACUGAUGCCAGGAUGGGACUCGCCGGUCCUAAAAUCAAAGUCAGAUAUAAACAAGAGAAGUCAUUCACUCACAAACGAGGAGAUCGAAGCAUUCUGGAAAUCACUUAAGAAACUAGAUGAGAAAGAACAACAUAUCAUCGAUGAUGACACCACCUGUGAGGAGAAGACGGCUACCGUCAACAAGUCCGGCAAAAAAUAUGAAAAAUCAAGCUCUUUGCCUAUGGCUAGAACCAGUACAGAUCAGGGUGGUCAGAAGAAAUACUUCAUGCACGGUGAGACUGAAACCAUGGCCAGCACCGCUGACAAACUCUCAGCAGACAACAUCGCCUGGUGGACUACGAGCAACUGGGCAUUUCUGAACGAACUCCCUACAAUUGAAGAACCUGUUCAUGGUACCAGUAAACGUUAUGCAACACAGUUUCACGUAGCCAACUCCUCUGGAGGUAGCGACGAAAUUAGUGCUUGAUCCGUCUUGACUCCAUAGCCUAGCAGCUCAUUCCAAUUUAAAGCAAUGGGCGUUCGUACGUACGAUGAACUGUAAAACCAAAAAAAAAAAAAAAACUGCAAAAGCCUACUAUAUCACUAUAUGCAGUCGUAAUACUGUAAUAUUGUAUAUCUAUAUAUGUAUAUAUGGUACUAUAUACCAUUCCUACGUAUACUUUUCUUGUAUGUAUAAGAAAGAGUUGGUGUAUACAUUGGAGGCUUUGUGUGAUUAGUACUUCGUCACAAGUUUCUCUAACUAGCUAUUUGUCUGGUAAUUGUUUCACCGAGACAUUGUAAUCUCCUGUAUAUGUGCAUAUAUGUACGUUUGUUUUGUGAAAAAUUACAAAAGGGGAAGAAUGAUCGAUUGCU